AUGAUGGUCAAAUCUACCUCGGCCAUGUUGGCCACCACUGGCCUCCUGGCAUCUUCAGCCAUGGCUGCUUCAUCCUCAGUUUGGGGUGAUUGGACCACGACCACUUCUGCAAUCCCAGUUGAUCCUGCGACAACCUCGACCACUACCAGCGAAGCCUGGGGCGACUGGACCACUACCUCCUCCACUCCAGUUGACCCUGCGACAACCUCUACUACAUCUUCCGCAGUGUGGGGAGACUGGACCUCUACCACUUCCUCGACUCCUGUUGAUCCUGAGAAGACCACUACUUCCACCAAAAUCUGGGGAGAUUGGACUACAUCCACUACCUCGACUCCGGUUGACCCUAUCUCAACUUCCAGCCAUCUAUGGAGCGAUUGGACCACCUCUUUGAAGCCUGUCGAUCCAGUUGAGACCGUCUGCCACAUUGUCACCGUCACCUUCACCGGAAAACCGAUCUGGGUUCCUCAUGCGACUGUCACAUCCAGCACAACCACUAGCACCACCGUUGACCCAACCUGGAAGGAUUGGACCACCACUACCACUACCACUAAGCCUCUUGACCCUGCCACCACGACCUCCGUUGAGACCUGGAAAGACUGGACCACAACUUUCAGCACCAGCACCACCACAACCACAUCAACUACCACCACUGAAGCCCCCGCUCCCACUGCCACCUGCCCCGCUGACGACGGCAAGACCCUCCUCGCCGGCGGCUCCUGCGGCUGCAGCUUCGAAAUCAACUGCGAUGUCAGCGCCACCCCGGGCGCCGACACCAAAUUCUGGGAACAAACCCCCGGUGCCCUUGUUGACACCCUCGCCGAAUGCUUGGCUCUCUGCGACGACAACGACCUGUGCGAAGCUACUCUUUGGGUCGACGAUCCGGCCAGCGGCGACUAUCACAAGUGCUGGCAAAUCAGCGGAUUGGGCCAACCCACUGGUUCAGGCUAUGCGCAGAUCUCGUACAAGACGAGUUGCUCGGGCGGGUGCACUGAGUCGUAUAGCAAGGAAUAG